GAUCAUAACAAAAUAUAUAAAAACCAGAACACUAACAGAAAAUUAUAAACCAUGUGACAUUAAAUAUAUGAAUACGUCAAUAUUUAGUGGAAAUAAAAAUCCACAAAAAAGAGAAGAAAAAUUAGAGGAAAAAAAGAAAGAACUGAAAGAAAAAAAAAAGGACAAUAUAAAAGAAGAUAAUAAUAAUAAUAAGGAAAAUGAGACAGAAAAGAAUAUGAAAAAUAAUAUGGAAAAUAAUAUGGAAAAUAAUAUGGAAGACCAUAUAGAAGACCAUGUGGACGACCAUGUGGACGACCAUGUGGAUGAUGUACUAGAACAUCAUAAUUCACUAGAAGAUAUCAUAAAAGAAUAUUAUGAAUUUACAGACCCAUCAAUUGAUGAAGAAAAUAAAUCAUUUUUUAAAAAACUUAAAUUUAUUUUCAAUAUGUUAGAUGAUGUACAUUCAGAUUUAUUAGUAAAUAAUCAUCUUAAAAAUGGAAGUAUUUUUUCACCCGAAUUUGUUCCUAUAAAUGUUUUAUCAACUAUGACUGUAGCAUUUCCACCUAUAGGAACUUGGACUCUGCCUUAUAUUUCUAGGACUAUAAAUUUUAUGACUAAAUAUAAAGGAGAAAAAAUUUACACAGAACAUGAGUCAAAAAAAAAAUAA